GGCGUCAGGGGCAUGGAGGAGCGGCGAGCUCGGAGCCGCGCCCCGGAGUCCCCGAAACUUCCGAGCUGCCGCGCGUCCGCGUCUCUGCCGCUGUCGCCGCGUAGCCUGCCGGCCUGAGAGCGGGACCAUGGAUGAAAGGUUCAACAAGUGGCUGCUGACGCCGGUGCUCACUCUCCUCUUCGUGGUCAUCAUGUACCAGUACGUGUCCCCCUCCUGCUCCAGCUCCUGCGCCAACUUCGGGGAGCAGCCCCGCGCCGGAGAAGCCGGACAGCCGGCCGCCCCGAGUCCCGCCCGCCGGGCACAGGCGCCGCCCGAGGACUGGGAGCGGCGGCCCCAGCUGCCCCCGCCACCCCGGGGGCCGCCCGAGGGACCUCGGGGGGCCGCGGCGCCGGAGGACGAGGAUGAGGAGCCGGGGGAACCCGAGGACGAGGAGGAGGAGGCGGAGGAGGAGGAAGAGGAACCGGACCCCGAGGCCCCCGAGAACGGCUCCUUGCCCCGGUUCGUGCCGCGCUUCAACUUCACCCCGAAGGACCUGACCCGCUUCGUGGAUUUCAACAUCAAGGGGCGCGACGUGAUCGUCUUCCUGCACAUCCAGAAGACCGGGGGCACCACGUUCGGCCGACACCUGGUGAAGAACAUCCGGCUGGAGCAGCCGUGCAGCUGCAAAGCCGGCCAGAAGAAGUGCACCUGCCACCGGCCCGGCAAGAAGGAGACGUGGCUCUUCUCCCGCUUCUCCACCGGCUGGAGCUGCGGGCUGCACGCCGACUGGACGGAGCUCACCAACUGUGUGCCGGCCAUCAUGGAGAAGAAAGACUGUCCCCGCAACCACAGCCACACCAGGAAUUUCUAUUACAUCACCAUGUUGCGGGAUCCAGUGUCCCGAUACCUGAGCGAGUGGAAACACGUCCAGAGAGGGGCCACGUGGAAAACCUCCCUCCACAUGUGCGACGGGAGGAGCCCCACCCCGGACGAGCUGCCUACCUGCUACCCGGGGGACGACUGGUCCGGGGUCAGCCUGCGGGAGUUCAUGGACUGCACCUACAACCUGGCCAACAACCGCCAGGUGCGCAUGCUGGCCGACCUCAGCCUGGUGGGCUGCUACAACUUGACUUUCAUGAACGAGAGCGAGAGGAACGCGAUCUUGCUGCAGAGCGCCAAGAGCAACCUCAAGAACAUGGCAUUCUUCGGCCUCACGGAGUUCCAGCGCAAGACGCAGUUUCUCUUUGAGAGGACAUUCAACCUCAAGUUCAUCUCCCCCUUCACGCAGUUCAACAUCACGCGGGCUUCCAACGUGGAGAUCAAUGAGGGCUCCCGCCGGCGCAUCGAGGAGCUCAACUUUCUCGACGUGCAGCUCUACGAGUAUGCCAAGGAUCUCUUCCAGCAGCGCUACCACCGCACCAAGCAGCUGGAGCGCCAGAGGGACCGGCAGAGGAGACGCGGGGAGCGCAGGCUACAGCGAGAUCACAGGGGCCACCGCUGGCCCAAACAGGAGGGGAACCCUGAGGGGGCCGUCACGGAGGACUACAACAGCCAGGUGGUGAGAUGGUGACCUGCCCUCUCCUCCCGGAAGGGGGGAGCUGAGCCAGCCCUCUGACCUCACCUUGGAGAAUGUGGGACCCCGCCGAGGACGUCUGGCCCGUAGGUGGCUUGCUUGGGACCCGCCCCACCCCGGCUUCCUCUCUGUCUUUACCUUUUUCCAGCCAGAGAUGAUCCAUCUGGUUCUUUUUAUUUAUUUUUUUUUCUGAUAUUUGUUAAUCUGUGAUAUUAAGUAGGGUAAGGAAUGCACCCAACGGGGAUAGACCUUUUAGAAGGUCAAGGGGCAAAGCACCAACAAAGGAAAGAGUCCUUGGGAUAUUUUUUUUGCGGCAGCAGCAGCCCAGGUUGUAGUUUGGGCAACUGGAACCUACCCAAGUACACAUGAAAAGCCAAAUUAUGGCUUGGAUGUUCUGCUGAAACUGAUCAGUUCAUAUUGUCUCUUUAAUGGAAAUACUGCUGUUGAAAGAGAGAGGAAGAGAAGGCUUUUUCAGCCUUCCCAUGGGGUUUAACACCAACACUCUCAGAUGUUGGCUCUCAUCUUUGAACUCUAUUUGAAUGUGGUUUAAAUCAUAAGUAGUGUAAAGUGUUUUGUUGUUAUGGUUGUUUUUCAACACGAUUACCCUGCUACUGACCAUCACUGCGGACUCACAUCCUCUGCAUCUUAUCCCUGAGCCAUGCUUCUCCCCCGUCUUUUAAGGAAAGGCUAGUAGAUUCAGGAGAUGUGUGCCUGUGGCCCCAGAGAAAGGAACAUGGGUAAGGCCAUUCGGGAGAGAACAUGCUUAUUAGCAAAUACCUAAGGAGAACACGCUUUACCGGUUUUUAUUUUCAGUGUAAGGAAUAAAAGAUAAAUUAAGAAGGGAGAAAAGCAGGAGGAUAACUACCUAUCCACCAUUUCCAAUAUGACUGCAGAACCUUAGUUUUUUUAAUGAGGACUAUUUCAGAGUUUUUCCUAUUCGGAGCAGGCCUCUUACCUGAUACAGUACUGCCAGGUUUGAAUCUCUACUAUCAUAGAGGAAAAGACACUUAAAAGGAAUUUGGCCUUUAGUAUAGGAGCUCAGCUAGCAUGUAUGCAAAAUAAAGUCAAGAUCACUAACUUGAAAAAUAACUCUGACUUAGGCCAUGAGGCAUGGAACGCAGUGCCUGUUUUCUCCAGGAGUUUAGAAGGACUCUACUUCCCAACGUUUGAGUAUCUAUAGCCUGGUAAUCUUUUUUUCUCCGUGCAUGAUCUCUACCUGUUGUGAGAGCGUGGUCCGAAAAAAUAUGCUGCGUUGCCAAGUGCUUCUUAUUUUCACCUCUUCCCAGCCACAGCUACAACACAAUGUCUUUGAAUAAUAAGGGGAGAAAUAUGGCAGAGGGAGUGGAAAGCCUUUGCCUAGCAUUUAGUAGGGGAUCAGAGUGAGUAGAAAGUUUCACAACAGACUGAUCUGAUCAAUCCUUUCAAGGAGCUGAAGGCAAAAUGAGUGAACCCCCUAAAUCAGAUUGAAAAGCCUAUUUCAUUGAUAUCCAACAUGUUUGAUGUUUAAGCCAGCUUUACAUAAGCUGCGUCUCAGCCUCCAGAAUACUCUCUCCGGGGUUGAGAGUUAAUCAACCCACAUUCAUGGAGCACUCGCCUGCACAGAGGGGAGCCUGGUGUCUCCAUCAAAGAGAGUUCUAGAGAAGAGGCUUAGAUAUUUCUGAUACUACCCUCGGCUUCAUCUCUCAUGGGAGGAAAGGCAUUACUGGGACCUCCCUUGUGCCAGGCACUUUGAGAGGCCCUUUUCAUAACUCAGAUCUAUUCACAAGAAGGUAGAUGCUGUUUGUCCCAAUUUCACGAUGUGGAAAGUGAGAGUCACAGACAAUAAGUAGCUUCCUCAUGGGUUGUGAGCUAGAUUUGGCUGACUGCAGAGGGCAGACUCUUUUUUUGUCUCCAUAAUGUUUUCCAUAUGGGAUAAAAGCUUCUUGCCAAUCGUGCUAGAAUCCACCCGUUAUUGUCCAGAAGGGUUUGCGGCUAACCCACCUGAGUAUGAUAGCUCCAAGCCAUCAGGGACCCAGUGCCAGGUUGCCUUGGGUGAGUCCAAGCUCCUCCAAAUCACUCAUCCAUCAAGGAGGUGAGAGACUGAUGGCUUUAUAGGCAGUUGUACUUCUUAACCCAUAGAUGGGGUGGGUUAAAGGGGCCGAAAAUAUAGCUUGUUAGCUGAUAGAGAUUAGGCUCACAAAAUAUUAGCAUCUCCCUUCCUGAUGAUUUGUUCCUAAGGUAGUGAGAAAGAAGGCUUGCUACUGGGAUUAAUGAGCAGCUUUCUCUCUGUCUUCCCAUUUCAGUGCUAAGAUCUAAUGCUCUGUAGAAUGGCAGAGCUGCAAAUUAUUGUUCUGCCUGUUGCUGUGAAUCACUCACACACACACACACACACACUCACACACAUGCUAACAAUCCAAUGUUUUGUCAUGUGGAAAAUCAAAACAAGUUAGAAAGCAUUCAGAUUGUAUCUUUUAAACUCACUUUACAUUUUUGGCAGAGAAUUCGUGCCUAGCUGAGGCUUGAAGGCAGCCUCUGCUAACUUCACACCGUUCCUCAGGCGCCUCAGGGUUUCUAUCAAAAAGCUUUCCAUGGCCUCGCUGCUGAAGGCAUGAUGUAUGAGGCUCCGCUGGAGACCCAGUAUCAGGAUGUUCAGAGGAGAAACCAUCUCUCUGUAUUGGCCUGAGGCCAGUGCUGAGCAAAUUAAAAAGACCGACAUGAACUUCCUCCUUCGUAUCAUUUCAUUCUAAAGCGGCACAUUCGUCAUCUCCCUGCGGUCCUCUGUUGAUAGAAAUGAAGAGGUGAGGAUGCAGUUUGUUCUCUCAAAAUUGACGGUGCACCUACAUGCCCAGUGAUCCUCAGCUCAGGGAAAGGAUGUCAGCAGAAGGCAUCUGGGUCUAAGGAUCCAUGGGUAGCCAGCAGCUUAAAUUGCUGUUGUUCAGUUGCUAAGUCAUGUCCAACUCUUUGCGACCCCUGUGGGCUGCAGCACGCCAGGCUUCCCCGUCCUUCACUCUCUCCCAGAGU